AUGAAUUCAGCCGCCGAACCUCAACAACAACUUCUGGACUUUUCUUCGUCCGCUGGCGGAAAUCGUGCGCAACUAGGUGGUGUAGCGCAUUCAUUUAGUUCCGGACCGUCUAUAAAAUACGCAGACCAGAUUACGGUAGAUCUGAACGCUGAUGCAAAUAGCAAACCUGUGGAGGAAGCCAAGGUGGUACCUACAUGGCUCCAAGAUGAUGCGAUCGGUGGUAGUGAGCAGGAUCCGUCAAUACAGGAUACUACUGCGGUUGGAACUGAAAACGCCAGUGCUAUGCCACACACAUCGUCAUCUAUAUCGUUGAGCCUAAUGGCAGAAUUAGAGGGUGUCACAGAUGAGCCUCCUGCGAAGAAGCAACGUUCUAGCGAAGGUGACAAUGGAGCUGAAAAUGGUGAAGCAAAGGCAGAAGAGGAGGAAGAGGAGGAUGAAGAAGAAGAGAUGGUUUCCGUGGCGGGAAAGAUGGUGCCACUGAGCGAAGUGACAUCAGAAAUGGUGGCAGAAAUGACGGAAGAAGAACAAAGCCGGUAUGCUGCAAUUAUGCAGGAGAACUUGUAUUAUUGA